UAACAGUUGAUUUGUAUUGUUAAAAGAAAAAAACCACUUAGUUCAUUUUUAAUCAAAUCUUCACCAUUGAAACUAGUCUACUCAAAACACAAAUCAUCAAACAAAUAAUCAUUAAACCAAUCGAACAAAGACAAAACCAAAUCGAAACAAUUUUCAGCUUCUCUUUUCCGAAUUUUCUUCUUACAUAAUUCACCGAUACACCGACAACCCCUUGUCUAUAAUUUCACAAAAACAACAACAAAUUUUUCCCAUUUUUUUUUUUGGGAUUUUUUUUUGUAUUUUUUUAUAUAUAAUUUUCUUGAAAAAAAGAUUAGUUUUUAUUGGUUUUUGGUUAAUUUUGAGGUAAUCCCAUAUAGUUGGGUACUUAAUUUUGUACUUUGGUUGACUGUAAUUGGAGUUUGAAGCUGACACAGUUCAUCAGAUUCAACAAAUUUUGUAUAUUUUCAUGUCGGAAAGUGAUUACAACUGAUUCAUGAUCCGUAUGGGUAUAUGUGCAUGGCAGAAUGAUUUGAGGAAUUUUUGAAGUCGUACAAUUGAGCCAUGGGUAGCGGUGAGAUGGAUAAAUCCUCAAAAGAGGCGAAGGAAGCAAAAGAGUCGAAGACUCCCAAUUCACAGGAGCAGACUUCUACUCCUACCGCUGGCCCAGUCAAUCCAGAUUGGUCUGGCUUUCAGGCAUAUUCUCCUAUGCCUCCACAUGGGUUUAUGACAUCAAGUCCUCAAGCACCACACCCCUAUAUGUGGGGAGUCCAGCAAUUUAUGCCAACCUAUGGUACUCCACCACAUCCAUACGUUGCAAUGUAUCCCCAUGGUGGUAUAUAUGCUCAUCCAUCUAUGCCUCCGGGAUCUUACCCUUUCAGUCCUUUUGCAAUGCCUUCUCCAAAUGGCGUUGCUGAAGCUUCAGUUAGCAACCCUGGUAAUGUCGAAGUGAACGGUAAGUCAUCUGAGGGAAAAGAAAAGUUGCCGAUUAAGAGAUCUAGGGGAAGCUUGGGUAGUUUGAAUAUGAUCACCGGGAAGAAUAAUGGACCUGGUAAGACAUCUGGAGCAUCUGCAAAUGGCGUCCAUUCUAAAAGUGCCGAGAGUGGAAGUGAAGGGUCAAGCGAAGGAAGUGAUGCUCAUUCUCAAAAUGAGUCACCGAUGAACUCUGGAGGCAGGCAAGAUUCAGCUGACACAUCUCAAAAUGGCAAUGCUGCACAUGGUUCCCAGAAUGGAGGAACUGCUGCUACUCAUUCGACGAUUAACCAAACUAUGGCUAUCGUUUCAGCUCCUGGGGCUGGAGGUAUUACUGGACCCGCAACCAACUUGAAUAUCGGUAUGGAUUACUGGGGUGCUGCCACUUCAUCGCCUAUUCCUGCAAUGCAUGGAAGGGUACCUGUUUCAGUUGCUGGGGGGUUGGUUACUGCUGGAUCACGAGAUAGCGUCCAAUCACAGAUGUGGAUUCAGGAUGAAAGGGAGCUUAAGAGGCAGAAAAGAAAGCAGUCCAACAGGGAAUCUGCUCGUCGAUCUAGGUUAAGAAAGCAGGCAGAGUGUGAUGAACUUGCGCAGCGUGCUGAAGUUUUGAAGGAAGAAAACGCUGCUCUUAGAGCUGAAGUGAAUCGUAUCAGGAGUGACUACGAGCAUCUUCUUGCUCAGAAUGCAUCUCUUAAGGAGAGACUUGGGGAAGUUCCAGGGGAAGAAGUUCCGAGAACUGGUCAAGAUGACCAUCAUUCUUCACAAACCGAGUCUCAUCAGGGUGAUCAAUGAUGUUCUAGCUGUGCAUUAAUGUGGAUCGAUGAUUAGGAGUUUAACCUAACAUACUUUGUAAUAGAAAGAGUUUAAUUUCCAUAUUGAGGUACGUAGUUUAUAAGUCGCGAAAAGCUCACCUUUUAGUAUCAGGAUCUGUAUUAUGCCUGACGCUGUCCAUCAUUUCUCUGUCGAGUCAAUCUUUUGUGGUAGAUAAACCUUGAUGAUAUGUAGAGAAUGUGAUCGUCGUAUUAGUUUGUUUCCA